UUCCAAGUCUCACAAAUCAAGAUAUAUAAAAAUUUCAGGUUAGUACACAUCACGAUCAAAAUAUCUACCUAAAUCAAAAACAAGAAAUAUACUUAAAUAAAUUUAGUGCUACAGGACAAGAGUGCUACAGGAUUACAAUAAGGUCGAGCAAAAAAUAAUAAUAGAGUGCACUGAAUUCAGAUUACAGAUACCAACUUGUUGCCUCAUCAACUACAAGACAUUACAAUCUAGGUACAUAUUAUACAUAUACAUAUGUACGUAGUGCACAAAGUAUCCCUUAAAUAUUAUUACUUGCGCACAUAAAACGCCAUCCCCGCCUAGUCUGCGCGUCUGUAGCUCUGUGGCUCAAUGGCGGCCGUCGGUCAGUGUGUAGUAGGACUCAGUGCGUGACGCGCGACUGUGCCCAUGUGUACCGGUGCCGUACAAAACAGUGCUGAAAUAAAAUGGUUUGCAAAAUUCUACCCAAAAUACAAAGCCCUACGCGGCGACCCGUGACGACUGAAACCCAAGACGGAAUGCCGGAGGUCGCCGAUUAUGAAACAGCCUUAGAUAUUGCCGGUUACGGCAGGUUUAGUAGGAGUGCGCUGGGCGCAUGCGCGUUUGCGUUCUUCGCUUCCGGCGUGCAGAACUGCGUUAUGUCGUACGUACUUCCAGCGGCGAGAUGCGAACUGGACCUCACUACGUACCAGGCUGGACUCAUCAACAUGGCUUUUAUGAGUGGUGGUGUAGCCAGUGCCUUCUUCUGGGGUAUAGUUGGUGACGUCUUCGGGAGAAGAAACGUGCUCAGUAUGACUCUGUUACUGGACGCCACCAUUACUCUAGCCCAGAGUACUGUAGGUGACUACCGGCUGCUACUCGCCGCAAGGACUAUCAAUGGAUUUGUUAUAGGUGGUCCGGCUACCCUGGUGUUCUCAUAUCUCUCGGACCUGGUGGGAGCUAAGAAGAGGCAGCUGUACCUGAGCGUGGUCGGCAUGAGCUUCAUAGUGGCGUGGUUGAUACUGCCUGCUGUCGCCUGGCUGGUCAUCCCAUUUAAGAUGGAGAACUCCAACACCCUCCUACCAAUUUACUCCUGGAGACUGUUCCUGGCCCUCGCCAGUAUACCCGGGUUCAUAUCCGGGGGCUGGGUGCUCUACCUGCCGGAGAGUCCUCGACUGCUGUCAGACACAAACAGGAGUGAUAAGGCGCUGAAGUUGCUGGCUUAUAUACAUAAAGCUAAUAAUGGGACUAGUGCGGAAUAUAAGAUAAAGAAGUUAAUUCAAGAUGACAUAUUUGUGGCGAAAACCAUGGGUGGUGAGGAGAACAGAACGAAGGUGCUGUUCAUGAGCGUUAUAAAGGAUCUAAAGACCUUCGUCUCCAGGAGUUAUGCUGUCAAGUCCAGUCUCAUCCUUUUCAUGUUCUUCGCUAAUAUGGCUGCUGGUUUCGGUCUAAACAUGUGGAUCCCGGAGCUCCUCCUUCGCAUCCAAGGUCGGGAGUGCAAGCUGACAGCAUCCACCGCUCCCCCAGAAAACGCGAGGCUGUUCAACGCCUCCAUACCCUGGAAGGAGAUCGGAUCCUACGCUAAGGAGAUUCCCAUUGCAGGGUACAAUGAAACCAGUUCAGAUGAUCACUACGGACAGAGCAGCACGUGUAACUCCCAUAUCGAUCAAGAGGUUUUUACAUCGGGCCUUAUAGUGGGAGCCUGCUGCGUGCUCGGUAACGCCGCGUGUGCCAUCCUGUGCGCCCGCGGCGGUGCUCUGGGCGUGCGGCGCGCGGCCAUCGCCUGCACGGCGGUGUGCGCGCUCGCCAGCGCCUGCCUGGCCGCCACCGCCUGCUCCUGCUCCAGUUUCAACAGGAUAGCCGUAGCAGCUGCUGCAGCACUCAAUGCAGCUUCACUCAAUGGAAAUGUACUGCUGAUAAGAUUGCUGCUACACGCAUUGCCCGCUAAGUUGAGUGGUCUGGGUGUCUGUUGGGGAGCGUGGUGGGGUCGAGCUGGUGGCGUGGCCUCGAACCUCGCGGUGGGGGCGCUACUGGACUACUCCUGUCCAGCGCCUUUUAUAGCAGUCGGAGCUUUGCUUGCGUUAUCAAUCGGUGCCAUCAUGUUAAUUAAACUAGGAGACCACAUAGAGGAGAGUGCGACGAAGGAAGAAGGUCCUGACAAUGCCCAGGAGAAGACCACAGGCCUAGACAGAUAUAUAUCUACUUAUAUGUAGGAUAAUAUAGAUAUAGUAUCCACGUACUGCGGUCUAUACCGCGUUGUCAAUGUGUGUGAGGGCAAAAUAAUUGUGUUUUCCAAAAAGAGUUCUUAUUUCUAUACGUGGAAGUAUUUUUUUAACUUGCUCUUGUGAAGUUUGGAUUAUUUCAUGUUUUCAUGUCUUCGUGUAAUUAUGAAUUCAUUAAGAUUCAUUCGAGAGUAAAAAGCUUUCAAUUGGUUUGGAUAAAAAAAUUGAGCAUAGUUGUUUAUUGAAACACAAUUUGCUGUCAAAGAGGGAGUCUGAUAAAUAAAAAACACAAAUAUUAUUAAGAUGAAGUUUUAGCAGAAGUUCGACAAUUUAAUUGUAAGGAGAAAUGAACUUUUUAUACAUGACAUUUUUAUACAAUAAUGGGGGUAUCAAUGACUAUCAUUAAGUAAAUAAAAUAGUGCCACAAGACUGCUCUUCAAACUAAAUUUAUAUUUGGUGCAGUUAGAUCUAGUUGCCUUUAAACUGAUAAGCGAAUUACAAGCUUAUUCGUUACGUCUUAAAACGUUUUUUUCAAUGACCUUAAAUUUCAAGUAAGGCCAAUUUCGUAGGUUUGUCAGAUACUAAUUACAAUUGUAUUAAAAAUGAUAGCCUAUAAUUCCGGGUCGAGAUACACAGCUUUUUAAUAACAAAAGUAAAACUGUGUCGGUUGAGAGAAAGAGAUGCCGCUCUACGUAUAUAGCGUGCUAUCUCGUUUCCGCAACAAGAGAGGCGGUAGUACCUGGAUCCACCUACAGAUAAAAUUAUUAAUUAUUUAGUCAUACAUAUCAACAAGAAAACGUCAGUAAAUACUUUUAAAAGCUUCGUACUGUAUCUAAUUAAGUGUAAUUAAUUAGAAUAAGUAGUGUAAGAUCUCGUAAUUAUAAGAUUUUUUAUAUUUAUUUUUAGAGGAAUAAAAUUGAUUAGAAAUAUACUCUUAUUGAAGCUCUUUUAAAGAGACUUAUAGCUGAAAUGAAUUUUGAAUAAUUUUGGCCAUUUUUAAAGAAAAAAUCACGUCUAUAUUGACUACACAUUCGUUUCACUAGAUCUCUUUCUAACUUUAAACGUAUGACAAGAAUAGAUGACGGUUAGAAAGGGAUGUAGUAUGAUCAACAUUAGUUUAAUAAAAGUUUUUUUUUCUGGAGGCCAUUUUAACGAAACAUUCACAAUUGUCUGUGAUUUAAAAACAUUUGGAGUGUUUUAGAAACGUUUCAAACGUAAGAGGAUGUAAUUUUAGAAAACGCUUUACAAAUGAAAAGAUAUUUUAAUAAAUGACAUUACAUAAUCUAAA